AACGGCUUCAGUGUCAUAUCCAGAAUCAAGGUAACGGCAAGAAGUUGCCAAAUUCCUCUAAGGACUCAAGUGGAGGUACAUCUGUUGCAGCACAGGUAACGACAGCCGCCGUGACAUGGCAGGCGCACGACCCAACACCUCCACGAAAUCCACCCAGGAUGACCUUGUACCUGGCGUGCCAGAUGAGGACUUGUGGCUGUUGAUACGACGUUUCAACAAGCAAAUCUACAAUGUUCAAGCUACAUCCGAGUCUCGGGCGGAUGAUCUUGAUCUCAAACCAAUCGAACAUGAACAGUUCCCGCCCGAGAAAGUGCGGAUCACCUUUGAAAGAUUUUACGUCUCCGUAAUUCCAGGGCUGAUUACUUUCUAUGGUCAUCUUGCCAGGCUGCGGUCGUGGAAUGAGCCUCGCCGUACCUCAGCCUUUUGUGUAAUCUACUUCAUCGCAUGGCUUUACGGUAGUCUCAUUCCUGUCUUAUCGCUGCUUCUAGCUGCUCUGAUUCUGUUUCCGUCGAUACGACCCAUGUUGUUCCCUGGUCCACCUACUGCAGACGUUGGAAUUGAGACCCAGCCACAGCAAACCACAGCUCAAACCAAGAAGCACAAGGGCGAGGCUGACGAGCAGGAAGCCAACAGUCUCAUCAACAACAUUGCCAAGAUUGCUGUGAAGACCGCGGCAAGUAAACAUGGCCAGGAAACCAACGGUGACAGUCUAGAAGAGACUCUGGCAUCAGAGUCGACCACUGAAGUCAAUGCCAUUCCAGAUGCUGCGGGGACAGGAGAUGAAACCAAGAAGUCUAUGAGAAGAGCGGUGGCGAACUAUACCACUCAAGCAAUGCAUAUUAUCAGCGACGGUACGGACAUGUACGAGAUGUUCUCUAACGCUCUUUCACCAACACCACCCUUCUCCUCGGUGACAGCGCAGAUCCACCUAGUCGCGGUUCUUUUCUCUAUCUGCUUGAUCACACGUUUUGUGUCAAACGACUUCAUCGUCGGGGCCAACAGCUUCACACUCGGCUUUGUCUUUUUCGGUGGCCCCGUCCUUGAGUACUCGAUGAACUACCUGAACAAAAAGAUUCCAGACUGGAAGAGGUUCCUCGAUCCACGAGAAACUCUUCUCAAGGACAUUCCUACGAACGCCCAAUUAACCCUCACCCUGCUCCGGCUUUGCGAAACCAACAACACCCCGCUCCCCUCUCCACCAUCCUCCGUCCAGUCCCACUCUAAUAACCCCAUACAAACCUGGAUCACUUACAAGGACAAGCUCAAGAUCACAGCCACCGCAGCCGCAUCUGCAGCAGCCAGCACAACCAGCCUCAUGACAACCGCCUCGACUGACGGUGCCACGGCUACCACCACCACAACGGCCACAUCUCCAUUUGGUCCCCCAACGACAUCCAAGCGCAAAAGUUUCCUCCCCCGUCUCCUCCGCAUCCUCCAAACAACCGUCACUCUCGCCACAAAAGGCCAGUUCGCCUUCAACCAAGCCAUGGCCAUCGCCGGUGCCACCCAGGGCACCCGGCGCCUCCUCCUAACCAUGCACCGCCGCAACUGGGAUUGGGAGACCUCCGGCCCGGACACAUUUGACGCCAAAUACGAGCGCAAACGCGGCACCUUGGUCAUAGACUACUCUCACGUCGCCGCACUAGCAACAGACCUCCCUACGUCUCAGAAUAAUGAGGAGAACGAGGGCAAGCAACAAGAAGUAGCAGCACCACCGGCAGAAGCAACCCCAACUGCGACCCUCUACUUCAGCACCCUCCACUCGGCAACAUUGGAAGACCGCAGACUCGAGCACCAGAAGAAGGGAACGGUGCUGUUCCAGCUCCCAGUCAAUAAAAUCAAGGGACUUCGAAAGACGGAAGGACUGGGGUGGAAGGGGAAGUUGAUAGUCGAGUUGGCGGCGGGGAGCAAGGAGUCGAUGGAUGGGCUCGUGAUCACUGGGAUGGAGGAAGGCCAGAUGUUCCAUGUGACCGGGAUGCGGGCGAGAGAUCAGCUAUUCAAUCGGCUGGUGGCGAUGGGGGGACAGGCGUGGCAGAGGAUAUGAUAUAUGAUUUAUGCGUUAUUUACUUCGACUGAAAAUAUUUUGAGGAUACUAGGGUCUUGGUCCCUUUGGAAUGUUUGGGAAUGUGCUUCUUGCUUCCUUCUUUCGUGAGAAACCAGUUGUACCCAGGGUAUUGUUCUGCUAUAUAUGUUAGGCUCCAUGAUUAGCAUGCAACUAGG